AAAUCGGAUACGUGAUUAUCUCCGAUAAAUUAGCAUUUUUUCACAAAUUGUUAUAAACUUAUUUUUAAAAAUUAACAAGAAGAUUAUUUAAGGGUGCAUCUCGCUAUUAAAAAAAUGGUAUCUUGGGCGAACGUUCUUUACAAUACAAUAAAUGGGAAACAAGAAUUAUGUUCACUGUGUUUCGAGACCGUUGAUGACAGCCAAAUUAAUUUACAAGACGAAAUAAUAUUUAAUAAUAAAGAUACAGAAAUUACAAUGAAAAUGUUUGAUAUAUUGUCCGUGGUUGUAGAUGGAGAGACCUGCAAUAGAAUAUUAUUAAAUAGCACAAUCUGCAAGAGCUGUGCGAGAUUAGCCAUUAAUAGUUACAAGUUUAUUAUGAUGUCAAAAGAAAAUACCCUGACCUACAACAAUAUUUUAGAUAGCCUAACAAAUUGUAUAAAUAUCCCAAAUUCAAAUGUGGAAGCAAAUACAUUAUAUAUUACGCUGGAUACAAAGUAUUUUACUACAGAACAGUAUUAUGAUAAGAAACAGGCAAAGUCAACAACAUCUGCCUUAAAGACAUUAGAGUCUAUUAUUGAAAAUCAAGCCCAUAUUAAAUAUGAGUUAACGUCUGAAGAAUUUGAUUAUGAUGUAAAGGUGAAAAGAAAAAGAACUCGUCAUUCAAUUCCAAUUCGUACAAAAGAUAUGUUGUACGAUGAAAAUGACAAAUUGAAUAUGAAAUGUAAAGUGUGUUUGAAGACUUAUCCAUCAUUAUCUAAUUUAAGAAACCAUUUCAUAAGAGUUCAUGCACCUAAGAAUCAUGAAUGUUCAAUUUGUAAGAGAAGUUUUGGAUCUGCGUCCAUUCUGGAGGCUCAUAAAAGUGAGAGUCACGUUAAUCUAAUGUGUUCGGAAUGUGGGAAAACGUUUACCAACCGACAUACUUUGAAAAUGCAUGAAAUCGGUCACACAUUGAAAAUAGUCUGUAAGGAUUGUGGUCGAGUCUAUAAAAGUCAAACGACAUACAAAAAACACUUAAUAUUAAAUAUAUGUGGUCAGAAAACUCGUGCCUCACCGUCAAAUGCUAAGUUUACUUGCGAUUACUGUAAUAAGAGGUACACACAGAAGGUAUCGUUACGUGUGCAUAUACAAUAUGAACAUGGGAACUAUAAGUCUCAUGAAUGUAAAUGGUGCAAGAAGAAGUUUUGGGCUCCGAGUAGAUUAAAAGCACAUAUCGUAAAGCAUACACAGGAGAAAAAGUUCUCAUGUACCAUAUGUGGGGGAAAAUUUGUUACGAAAGAGUCCUUACUGUAUCAUACUAGGAUACAUACUGGAGAAAAGCCGUAUAAGUGUGAUUUCUGUGAACAGAGCUUUAUAUCGGCUUCAAGGAAAGUAGAUCAUAUUAAACGUCAUCACACAAAUGCAAUAUUUCAGUGUAGUAUGUGUAAAAUUAAAUACACUACUAAAGUAUGUUUGGAAAAACAUAUGAAAACACAUAUAAAAGAUGAAGUUGCAAGAUCGGAACAGAAGUCUUCCGAAUUAAACUUUAAAUUGCCAAUAGAUGAUGAUUUGUAUCUUGAGGAGGAGUCUUACUAUGUUUCAUAGUAUCACUACUUAGAAAUUUUGCUUUAUUAUUUUAUUUAUUUUAGUGUAUAAUUUAAAAUGAUAUUUUCCAAUAUAUGAGUGAGAAAUUUAUUGACAUAGCAUUCGUAUUGGAUUGUUCUAGUUUUCUUAGGUAUUAUUUAAAUCUGCCUUCAAAAGCAAUAAACGACUUGACACUUAA